CCGUUUCAUUUCUCAAAUAUUGUCAAAGUCCGACAAAACUGAGCUGAAACAGUAAGUUUUGAGUCAAUCAUUUGCUUGUGGCCAGUAGCUGUAGCUCAUCACUAACUGGGCUGGUGCCGCUCAAUUGUCAGGUCCUCAUCCACCACCUGUAGAUUAACUCCACCUGUUUGUUUGCUUUCCACCAGAGUCCUUCCCUCAUCCACUCUUUGUAGCGUUAAUCAUCACCAGCAUUCUUCUUCUUUGGCGGCUUUCCUUCUUCCAGACAUGUUUGCUUAUGAGAGCUGCAGGAAUAACUGAUGUUUCACUGAGACGUGUCUCUUGUUCUUCAGCUUCAGAUAAAGAUGCUGAAGCAGUUCCUUCCACCUCCUCCUUGCCUCAGGGGGAACCUGCCGUCUCCGCUGAGCUGGGGGACCCAACUGACCAGGAGCUGCUGGAGGCCUCGGCAGAAGGCAGAGCCUCGGUUCAGCCGCUGGACCCUCCAGAGCCGCCCAGCAGACAGGACGCCCAGCUCAGACGGGAUCCUCUCUCUGCUGCUGAGCUGCUGCCUGAGUCCUGGCGGGCAGCUCUCAGCGCAGAGCAGCAGGACUGGAUCGGCCGGACGCUGUUUAUGAGGGACCGUCUGGGGAGGUCGCGUCUCACCGCCAACCUCAACCUCUGGUGGUUUUCUCCUCAGCCCCGGCCGGUCUAUCAUCAGCCUCCAGCGUCCCCCGACCCCUUCUUCUCUUGUCGGCUGUUCUUGUGGAUGCCUCACAGGGUGUGGCGUCUGCAGCUGACUUGCCCCCAGCCUCUGUGCAGCGGCUCCCUGACAAAGGCUGGGCUGUACAGGACCAUCCGGAGGGUCCUGGACAUUGACGGCUGGUACCUCAUGGCCACGGAGUACCUGGAGUGCCGUCAAUGUAAGAAGAAGGUCGGUGGGUGGUCACAGGGCAUCAUCAGGCAGCUGCCCCCCACCUACAGCUGCCUGUUCCCCGCUGUACUCACGUACAAGCUGUCCUGUGACCAGAAGGUGUUUGCACAGCUGAGGUCUCGCACUCUGGGCAACAGUGCGACCGGGCUGUACAACACCUUGCAGGAGCAGCACACCGAUGCUUGGAUACGGAGAUCCAUCCACUACCUCGGCGUAUGCGAGCAGUUCCGGUCCUUGUACUCCGUCCAACGGCAGGUCGCAUCACCGCCGUCCAUGCCCCCAGUACCGUCGGCUGCCUGGCUUCUGACGGUGUAUGGCUACGACGUGGUGAUGCGGCUGGACGAGUUCAAGGCCCGGAUCACGUCCACCUUCGGAUCCAUUUUAAAAAUGGAUUCCACCAAGAAGGUGAGGAAGAAGCUCGCCGGCACCGCCUCCAGCAUUUCCUCCUGGGUUACCAACAUGGGUAACGAGCACGGCCAGGUCCUCAUCAGCGUGUUUUGGCUCCUCAUCUGGCACCUCGUGCGUCGUUAG